UUACCUCAGUGAUGUGUUGAGGAUGAGACAGCAAACAUCUGAAUGAAGCCGUUUCACCGUCUGUACCGCGAAUAGAGACGAGAUACCGGCGUCAGAUACGAAUAAACCGCCGUGUGGGAUAAUUUCUGUGGAUAUUGAGCGAAUAAAAGCGUUCUGAGGUGAUGACUGUUUAUGAUUUAUACACCGGCAUUGAGCUGCAGCUGACGUGUGUCACACAGAUCAGUGUGUGAACUUGUGUAAAUAUAUCAGGAGUGAUGAUGAUAAUGGGUAUAGUUUGUGUUUUAAAGACUGAGCAGUUAGCCAGCUGGGGCUUUUAAUGUGCUAACCGGGAGAUAGCUGUCGUUAGUCUGCUGUGAGGGCGACAUUAUUGAUUAUAAAUACUCAUUUAUCAUAAGCAGUGCAGUAGGACGUGUCAAACUCGUGCUUUGUCAAUGGGGACUAUAAGUGAUUUACUAACGACGUCAUCGCACAGACUCUAGUGUAUUCACUCCACUGUAUUUACCAUAUUUACAUCCUUAUCAAGAGUGAAUUUCACCACAUGCAUCACUCAGACUCGCCUGGUGAGACGCCCUCGAGCAGGAGGAUGUCCCACCCAUCUGUGUUCGCUGGCCGCAGGGGCAGUAACCCCACCAGUGGUGCCAUGGUCAGUAUUAACUGCCCUGUUGCCCCAGCCGAAGACCAUCAGACGGCCCCCACCGGCUCUUCAUCCCCUGGACCGCAUCACCCACCCCACAGCCUCAGCAUCCACCCUCAGGGUCAGAAUAUUGGGGCACAGGUCAAAAAGAAGAGCGGCUUUCAGAUCACAAGCGUCCUGCCCGCGCAGGUGUCCGCCAGCGCUAAUAACAGCAUUGCGGACGAUACCGAGAGUUACGAUGACAUGGAUGAGUCCCACACGGAGGACCUCUCCUCAUCUGACAUCCUCGAUGUGUCCGUUUCUCGAGCCACGGACACGGGCGUUCCUGAGAGGAGUUCUUCCGAAGAAACGCUGAAUAGCUUGCAUGGAGGUGAGACUCCUGGGGUCACCUCGCCUAAUGAACCGGUCAUGCAUCACCCGCAGCAAGGGUACAUGGCUAAUGGAGUCCAUCAUCAUGCUCAUCAUCAGCCUCAUGGACAUCACAAGGAGCAAGGGGCUCGUCCUGUGGCAGCCACCCAAGUGAGGCCUGCGUCAUUGGCAUCUACGGGUGGCGUUGCGGCCCAGUCAAGUGGACGAUCAACCCAAGCUGCUGUUGUGGACGGUGGUGGAACCGCAGCAGCAAGUCACCCUGCAGCUUCAACAGGAAGAGUUCUGCGUUCUGCGACAGAGAUUGGAGGUGGAUCAGGGCCAACAGGAAGUGCAUCGGCUGCGGUGACAGUUCCACCUGCACAGCUACCACCAUCAAUGCCAACUACGACCCAAACUCCGAUGACUGCAGCUGCCACAGCGUCUCGUUUCAGGGUGGUCAAACUCGAUUCCAACUCCGAGCCGUUUCGAAAGGGCCGCUGGAUGUGUACAGAGUAUUAUGAGAAAGACACCCCGUCUGGAGACACAACAGCAGCCGCUCACAGAACUGUGGAGACCAUUAUUCAGUCUGAACAUGAGACCACGAGUGGCAGUUCUUCUGGAAGCACUCUCAGUGGUGGUGGAGACGUCCAACAGACAUAUGCAAUGCACACUACUCUUCCCCCUCAAGAUCCGAACGCUCACACGAUACUUCAGCCCACUGUUGCCCCCUCUAUCAACCCCCACGUGGUUACUCAGACAGGUAUGAUGGGCACUGAGAGUUCAUCUGCCCCCGUUAGACCCCAACAGCCGGUAUCCUACACCGUAGAGGGCCAAAUACCCCAAAUGCAGAGCAGCUACCCCACUAACGCGAAACCCGCCUUGUCUGUUGCCCAUAGUGGAAUGCCACCAAUGGAAUAUGCCCAAAUGCCCACAGCUCAACCUCUCCAGAAUCCUCAAAUUCAAACUGCAGUGUCGCCCCGAGCGGCUCCAGCUCCCAUUGGCAUACCAGGACUUCCAGUAGUUCCUCAGCCCCCAUCUUCAAGACCGCAGGUUCCCGGCCCUCAGAUGGGGACCGUCACCCCUGCCCAACAGCACCCAGAACAGCAGCAGCAGCCUGCACCUCCGCUGUCUUCAUCCACAACUUCAGUUCCGUCUGGAUCUAACAUGCCUUCAUCUGCAGGAGCGCAGUCACUGUUUCAUGGAGCUGCGAUUUUGGGCCGUCCCUCAGUACUGGGUCAACAGGGAGCACAGCUUCCCCCGUCAGGUGUCUCCUACAGCGGCUUGAGUGCUGUGACGGCCUCACAGCUGGAAGAUGCCCACCGCCUGUUGUUACAGCAUCACCCGCUGCUCGCUCUGCCACGACUGGCCGCAGGAGGAAUGACUGGCCUCGCUGGACAGGUGGGAGCGGAUGCAGUUGCCACUCUGGGACAAGAUGUCAGUGCUGUAGCCGUCUUGACUGGUGCAGAUGACGACAGUUCUUCAGGAGCCAGUGUGGUCGCCAUAGACAACAAAAUCGAGCAAGCCAUGGACCUGGUGAAGAGUCACCUGAUGUAUGCGGUGCGUGAGGAGGUGGAGGUGUUGAAGGAGCAGAUAAAGGAGCUGAUUGAGAGGAACUCUCAGCUGGAACAGGAGAACACGCUGCUGAAGAACCUGGCCAGCCCCGAACAGCUCGCUCAGUUCCAGCAGGAGGUCCAGACGGACUCCCCGACCUCUGGAGGUCAGACCGGACCCUUCACACAGAGCCAGGGCCCCGGCCCGACCGCCUAACCACCUCUCCAUGAGCGACUCGCUCCAGACGACGAGACGCAACCUGACGAAGACUAAUGGAUACUGUGAAGAGACUCUGACACAGUAAACAUGCUUUACCAGAGCUUUACCUGCCUCAGACAAUCACUGCUGACCAGGAUGGGACACACGUGACUUCCUGUGCAAUCUGGGCUUGACCAAUCGCAUCGCGCAUGCCGAACAGGACCCUCGUUUCAAGUGUUGUCAAGAUCAGCAGGAACCGUGAUGUGAAAUCGUGCUGCUGUUGCUACAUUCUCCUGUUUGUUUUGUUUUAUAUAUCUAUCAUAUGAAGUUUCAGUAUGCUUUCAUAUUUUUGUUACUGGUUUUAUUUCUUUACUUUUAUUUUUGUUGUUUUGUUUUCUCCUCUUGCUGUAUGACAUGAAAAAUAAUGAGCACUUUGUAGUGGACACUUGUCAAUAAGACAACAGAAUAGGGAGCAACUCAUCUGGAACGAGAGAAUCUGAAUUGAAACCAGUUUCUGUGUCUCUUUAUGAUGUGGGAAGGGGUUAAUGGUUACGGCACAGUGUUAAACCCUUGAUAGUGCACUUCUUUAAACUCGUGAGGUGGGAUAUAACGUGACUGGACUGUGGAACGGUGACUUAUGUCAUGAAGUUUCAGAGUUGAAUUGCACUAUAGGGUUGUGAUAUUCAUACGGUCUGUUUCGCUGAAGAGCUGAGCGUGUGUUUAUUAUCUGACAAACACGCACAGAUGUCCAGCGAACGAAUCAAACACUCAUAAACGCUCAUAGCAAGUUCUAAGUGUCAGUUCUGACCGUACCAUUCUGUGCAUGUUUCCUUCAAUGUGACGUCAUACAGUUGCACUAACAGUUGCACAUUGACUUAAAAAUAAAACGAAACCGAAAUAAAACUCGGGUCCUGUCGUGUUAUUUGAGUUCUGUUGUAGUCACGACUGUAAACAAACCCAGAGAUUAUCAGGACACUUAUGUGAGAGAUUGGAACAACCGACGGAUGUAGAAUUUGUGUGUAUGUUUGUAUAUGUAUGUGUGUGUGUGUGUGUGUGUGUGUGUAUGUGAGAGUGUGUGUGUAUGUGAGAGUGUGUGUGUAUGUGAGAGUGUGUGUGAGUGUGUGAGUGUGUGUGUGUGAGUGUGUGUGAGCGUGUAUUUAUCACUUUGUGGGGACCAAAUGUCCCCAUAAGGAUAGUAAAACCCGAAAUUUUUGACCUUGUGGGGACAUUUUGUCGGUCCCCAUGAGGAAAACAGCUUAUAAAUCAUACUAAAUUAUGUUUUUUGAAAAUGUAAAAAUGCAGAAAGUUUUCUGUGAGGUUUAGGUUUAGGGGUAGGGUUAGGUUUAGGGGAUAGAAUAUAAAGUUUGUACAGUAUAAAAACCAUUAUGUCUAUGGAAAGUCCCCAUAAAACAUGGA